CUGUGACAGGAGGAGAGCAGCAUAAGACCCACAGACGGUCUAAUAAUGUGCAGUCUGCUGACACUGGAUGACUGGAAACAGCAGAGAUGAAGGAGCUAUGGAUUAUGGUUGUCUUUGCUACAGUCUCUUUUCCACAGGGGGAUCUCAGCACAUCCUCUGCCAUUCCAACCACCAUUGACAUAACUAUCCCAACUCCUGAUGACCCUUUAACGCCUGACUCUCCAGCUAGUGCCCCUCCAACUAAUGACAUUCCAACUACUGAUAAUCUAACUUCUGACAGUCCAACUACCGACAUGCCAACUACUGAUAAUCUAACUACUGACACUCCAACUAUUGACACUCCAACUACCGACACUCCAACUACUGAAUACCCUGCAGCUACUACUGGUCAUCCAACUACUAGUUACCUAACUACUACUGAUCCUCCAGCUAUUGGUUACAUAAACACUACUGGUCUUGCAACUACUGGUUACCCUACCUCUAUCCCUAUCACCAGUAUCAGUCUCCCCACCACCUCUAACAACACCACCACCACGUCUACCAACACCUCUACAAACACUACCACCACCUCUAGCACCAUCUCUAACACUACCACCACCUCUACCAACACCUUUCAUACUAUCUCAAACACCACCACCACUUCUCCUAUCAUCUCUAACACCAUGUCUAACACCAACACCACCACCACCUCUCCUACCAUCUCUAACACCAUGUCUAACACCAACACCACCACCACCUCUCCUACCAUCUCUAACACCAUGUCUAACACCACCACCUCCACCUCCACCUCUACCACCACCACCUCUACCACCACCACCACCUCUACAACCACCACCACAAUCUCCACCUCUACCACCACCACCACCUAUCCUAUCAUCUCUAACACCAUGUCUAACACCAACACCACCACCACCUCUCCUACCAUCUCUAACACCACAUCUAACACCAACACCACCACCACCUCUACCAACACUACCACCAUCUCUCCUACCAUCUCUAACACCACCACCACCUCUCCUAUCAUCUCUAACACCACAUCUAACACCAACUCCACCACCACCUCUCCCACCAUGUCUAACACCACCACCUCCACCCCUACCACCACCACCAUCUCCACCUCUACCACCACAAUCCUUCCUCUGGUCUGUAUCAACGGUGGUGAGCUGCAGAGUGGAGUCUGCAUCUGUCCUGAUGAGUGGAACGGAGAGACCUGUUCAGAGGGGAAUUUCUGCAAUUCCAACAACAUUGGUGAUUUUUCCUUCCCAAGAACAACGGUUGGCUGGUCUGCUUAUUCAGAAGAAUUGUGUGAUGAGAAUACAACCAGUGCCGGUUUACCAAAAGCCUCAGCAAGAUGUUUGAAUGACACUGGAUCUCCAAUGUUUGGUCCUCCUCAUGAACUGCAGUGUGAAUUAACCCUCAGUGACAUUCUAGGAAAUAUCUCCAGCAGUUCAGGUGGUUUAUUACAGUUGGCCUUCAGUACUCAGAUCCUGACCUCCCAACCAGAGCGGCUAUCAGCUGACAACAUCACCACAGCAGCUCAGAUAGCUAACACACUGCUUCAGUCUGCAAAUAUCACAGAGGACAUCGCAGUGGCAGCUGUAACCACCAUCAGUCAGCUGCUCAAUGCCAGUGAGGAGAGUACACAGGAGAGAGACGCUGUCCAAAACCUCACAGAGACCCUGGAGAUGUUUUCCCUGGACCAGCACAAUAAUGUGUCCUUGGUGGUUCAGCCCAACCUGGUAGUCCAGUCUGUCCAAGUACCAAGUGACUCAGUAGGGAUCCAGUUUACUGCUCUGACUGGAAGAUCUGGUAAUUUUGUGGCCAACAGAAUUUGUCUCAACACAAAUACUUCUGAAUUGAUAGCUGAUGAAGGAGGUGCGACCGAUGUCCAGAUUGUCAUAGAAUUCACACCAGUUUUACGUAGUAAAAACACAAACUACUCCAUUGGUUUUGUGCUCUACCAAAACGACCGGUUCUUCAGGUCCAAGGCUUUCAGAGCUUCUUCAGGAACCAGCAGAAGGGUCAUCUCUGCUAACCUGGGACAAGUGUCUGGGUUACAUGUUGAGAUGCUCUUCAAGCCCACAGCUGUUCCCAACACCUCUCUCUAUGACUUUGCCUGCGUGUCAUGGAACUACACGUUGAAAGACUGGAGCACCUUUGGCUGCUACAAAGUCAACCACUCAGCAGACGGCCUGCGAUGUUUCUGUAAUCACACCACUAACUUUGCUGUGCUGAUGUCAUUCAGGAGGGAUUUUAAAUACGCUGAAGUUCUAAACUGGAUCACCAUAUUGGGAUGCUCCAUGUCCAUCAUAGGGUUGAGUUUAACAAUAACAUUCCAGAUGGUGACCAGGAAAUCACGCAAAACCAACCCAACAGUCCUCUUAGUGAGCGUCUGCGUGUGUCUCCUGAUCUUCACCCACCUCUUCAUGUUGGGAGUGGACAACCCUCAUAAACAGCGGGGCAAACCUAAAAUACAGAAGGACAACAUUCUCCCCCCGUCCGACACACACACAGAGCAGGACAGAGGGCCCUGUACUGCAGUGGCAGUCCUGCUGCAGUACUUCCUGUUGGGGACGUUCACCUGGAACACGCUGUACGCCACACAUGUCUUUCUAAUGAUCAGAAACAGCCUGGCCACCAGCCCGUCACACUUCACAGCCUAUACCGUGGCCAUCGGAUGGGGACUGCCUGCAGUUGUGGUGGCCCUCACCUUAGGAAUUAGUUACAGAGUGGAUGAUCCACUGGGAUACAGGCAGGAGGAAUUUUGCUGGCUUGCUGCCCUCGAUCCAAAGGGGAACUUUGACUUCAAGCUGCCAAUGUUUUGGGGGUUCCUGGUCCCUGUGGCGUUCAUGCUUAUCUUCAACACAGUGGUGUUGGUAUGUUUUGCAGUUACAACAUGCAAGACCAACCCACAUUUAACCAGUACAAGACACACAUCGAUGAAGAAGAAGUUCCUCAGUAGCUUCUCUCUGGCUGUGGUGCUCGGUCUCUCCUGGAUCCUGGGCUAUCUGUUGCUCAUUCCACAGAACCAGACCAUGUACACCAUACUCAACAUCUCCUUCUGUGUUCUCACCACCACUCAGGGUUUGCAGAUUUUCAUUCUGUUCACCGCAAGAACAUCAAUUGUCAAGAAAUUGAUGGCAGAUGCUUUGAAAUCUGUCUCUCGUGUUGAGAUCCCACGUCACACCAAGAGGUUCAGUCUAUGGCGAGGCAAGCACAGUGAUAACGUAGAAUCAUACACACAGCUGGACCCUAUUCUGUCAACACAUUAACCCUUUAACUGCCACAUGAUUUUUUUUCUUCUGAAAAAUAUGUGUAUUUAUUCUUAAUAUAGGCCAUAAAUAAUUAGUAUUUGAUUGCUAACAUCUCAACCAGCCUGUUCAGUUGCCCAAUUAUGUUAAACUCAUUUUGUAUUGGAUUUUACAUAUGCUUUUUAAAUCAUCUGAAAAAUGGUACAUUAAUUAACGUCAUGUCUGCUUCAGUUACUUAUAAUGGAAGACACGCCAAGAUAAAGGAUGACUGAUAUCAAAUAUGAAUACAAUAUGAUAUAUUUGUGUGUCAAUAUAUGACUAUUCAAAUAUAUAUACAUUAAUGUUUACUGUUUAUAUGUUCAUAAUACCUGUAAAAUUACAUGACCUGAAAACAUUUGUGAAACAAAUUGAAGAUAACAGGCAUACUUUAAAUACUGAUAUGAAUAUGAAAAUAUAUUUAUAUUUGCACAGACAAAAACAUCCCACAACAAUAUUUUUCCAUUGUCCAUAAUAGCUAGCUUUGUCUAAAUAGCAUUCCUUUAAUGUGCAACUCAACCGCCUGGUAGAGCAUAUUUUUCAAGAAUUCCUCAAAUUAAUAAAUAACAUAUUAGUAAUUUUGUGAUACCAAAAAUUAUGUUUUAGAGGUCAACAACAUUGUACAGACAUGUAAUAUCCCAUUUUAUACACAAUUAGUACUGACAAUGUGUGAUUAAUCAGGUUCAGUUUUGCUCAAGUUCACGUCCGGGUUUUUAACCAUCUUUGAAUGUUUGUGUAAAAAUAUAGAGGAGUCCAAUAAUGAAAACCACAUGGUCAUUUUACUAAAUGGCAUGACAAAAUAUGUUGAACAAAAGUUAUGUUUAUUUGAAUUUACAUUUGGUUGUCAGCCACUCAGUUGAGCUGCCUCUUAAAGUGUUAAUUUCCAACUUGUUACUCACAGAUUGUAUAAAGCAUCUAAUUGAUUGGCUGCAAGUUCAACCUCUGUCAAUAUCUCAUAGACCUCCAUUAUUGCCUAUAGUAAUACACACACCAUUUAUAUAUAUCAAAAGUGUUAUUGCCCAAUAAUGUUUUGGCAAUGCACAUGUUUGCAAAUUGACAUUGUUGGGUCAGUAAACCAAGGCAGACUGGUUCGGGGAUGCAGAACCAGGUCAAGCUGGAAGAAAGCAGAUCCAAAGGAGUGCUGUGGUGCAGAGGGAGGUAUGAAAGACUAAGAAAGCAGGGAGGAAUGAAAGGCUGAGGAAGAAAGCAGGGAGGUAUGAAACACUGAGAAAGAAAGCAGGCAUGUCAGAGGGAGGUAUGAAACGCUGAGAAAGAAUGCAGGCAUGUCAGAGGGAGGUAUGAAACACUGAGGAAGAAAGCAGGCAUGUCAGAGGGAGGUAUGAAAGGCUGAGGAAGAAUGCAGGCAUGUCAGAGGGAGGUAUGAAACGCUGAGAAAGAAUGCAGGCAUGUCAGAGGGAGGUAUGAAACGCUGAGGAAGAAAGCAGGCAUGUCAGAGGGAGGUAUGAAAGGCUGAGGAAGAAAGCAGGCAUGUCAGAGGGAGGUAUGAAACGCUGAGAAAGAAUGCAGGCAUGUCAGAGGGAGGUAUGAAACGCUGAGGAAGAAAGCAGGCAUGUCAGAGGGAGGUAUGAAAGGCUGAGGAAGAAAGCAGGCAUGUCAGAGGGAGGUAUGAAAGGCUGAGGAAGAAAGCAGGCAUGUCAGAGGGAGGUAUGAAACGCUGGGGAAGAAAGCAGGCAUGUCAGAGGGAGGUAUGAAAGGCUGAGGAAGAAAGCAGGCAUGUCAGAGGGAGGUAUGAAACGCUGAGAAAGAAUGCAGGCAUGUCAGAGGGAGGUAUGAAAGGCUGAGGAAGAAAGCAGGCAUGUCAGAGGGAGGUAUGAAACGCUGAGAAAGAAUGCAGGCAUGUCAGAGGGAGGUAUGAAACGCUGAGAAAGAAAGCAGGCAUGUCAGAGGGAGGUAUGAAAGGCUGAGGAAGAAAGCAGGCAUGUCAGAGGGAGGUAUGAAACGCUGAGAAAGAAUGCAGGCAUGUCAGAAGGAGGUAUGAAACGCUGAGGAAGAAAGCAGGCAUGUCAGAGGGAGGUAUGAAAGGCUGAGGAAGAAAGCAGGCAUGUCAGAGGGAGGUAUGAAAGGCUGAGGAAGAAAGCCGGCAUGUCAGAGGGAGGUAUGAAACGCUGAGGAAGAAAGCAGGCAUGUCAGAGGGAGGUAUGAAAGGCUGAGGAAGAAAGCCGGCAUGUCAGAGGGAGGUAUGAAAGGCUGAGGAAGAAAACAGGAAUGUCAGAGGGAGGUAUGAAAAGCUGAGGAAGAAAGCAGGCAAGUCAGAGGGAGGUAUGAAAGGCUGAGGAAGAAAACAGGCAUGUCAGAGGGAGGUAUGAAAAGCUGAGGAAGAAAGCAGGCAAGUCAGAGUCGUAGCCAUAAAAAACAGGGCAGCUUGACAUGCUGGGGGAGCGUGAGAGAGGUCACUCACCUGGAACAUGGAAGGGCAGCGGAUUAAGUUUCUACUUUGCUCUGUGUACAAUGUUUUUCUUUGAACUCUCUGCCAACCCCCCACACCAACAAACCUUCACACGUGGGGGGUUGGCAGACAGCCCAGACAGCUGCACUUUUACUUGCGUUUAAGAGCAGUUGGAGGCCACGAAGGAGAGUUGUAUGGCAUUGAAGCUCGUCUGGAGUUUAGCUAACACAGUGUCCAAGGAGGGGCCA